GUAGCACCACAGGAGUCUCAUUUCCGACAUUUUUUUCUUUUCCUUUCUUUCUUUCUUUUCAUUAAAAAUACUAUGAUUGGAUGUAUGUAUUUAACUUACCAAUUCUCCAAUCAGUGUAUCGUCAUUACUUCUCUCGACCUUUUCUAACGAUCUUUUUUUCUUCUGUUUAGGAAAAAAGUGCACGGCUGGAGAUGACACAGACAUUUCCUUUUUUCGUAUCUUUCUCUACUCGUUAGCCGUAAUACAGCUAGACUUUCCUGGGUACACCUCAGGAGUUCCCUUUUCUCCCAUAGUGUCUUAAUCUAAUACAAAACAGAUAUUGCAGGGAGAAUAAAUAAACAGGAGAAAAAAGUAAGACAGAAUACAGUAUUUUCUCUUUCUCCGUCUCCCUUUUUCCUAUUGGUAGAUUUAUUUCUCUUCCUCUUUCUCUCUCUCUCUCUCUCUCGUUUUCUCUCACUUUUUUUCUCUAAGAACAACGACAAAAAAGUUCUACUACACUGCUGUGUAUGUGUCUGUGCUUGAUAGGUUGCCUACUGGAGUCAUUAUUGCAGUAUCAAUAGCUAGAUCCUGGUGAGCCUAUAGGCACCGUACGACGCUCACCUCUCCCUUCAAGUUCUCAAUCCUGUGGAGCAUCGCAAAAAAACCGACAAGUGCCAACCCCUAUCGAGUUUGUUGACAACAAAAAAAACGACAAAUCGCACAUCAUCAAUCUAUUAAUCACAUCCAUGUUCGAUCCAACGAGUCCAUCGGCAGACCGAAAUGGUUGUGCAGGUGAAAGUACCAACAACACGACAACGUCGUCGUACCCAAGUCCAUAUGCACCAGUUACAUAUCGACCGUUGACGUCAACACCUUCGUCAUCUUCAAUUUUUAAUGUGCCCGGUUCGACCUCAUUGAAUUCAUUGGAUGACCAACAACAACGUCGAACGGACUUCUCAUCCUAUGCGGGAACAUCGCCACCGUUCUCAACAACCCAAGAUCCAUUGGCCGCUUCGAGCUUCAUGACAUAUCCUAUGUUCGAUCCGGAACAGUAUGCCAAUACACAAUACUAUUCACGUUAUGUUACAGCCGGUUCGCAUAUUGAUCCGAGCACGCAAACAGCGUUUUUACCUUAUUUUCAUCCAUCAUAUCGACAAGGACUUGGUACAACAUGUAAUGUUAACAAUAUUCCAAAUGGCAAAAAUGAUACAUAUAUAUGUAAAUGGGUUGAUCCUGAUACACACCGAAUAUGCAAUCGUGCAUUUGGUUAUAUGCAUGAGAUUGUCACUCAUCUUACUGUUGAACAUGUGGGCGGACCUGAACAAUCAACACACACAUGUUUAUGGGUCGAUUGUCCAAGACAUGGCCGUGCAUUUAAAGCAAAAUACAAAUUGGUCAAUCAUAUUCGUGUGCAUACCGGUGAAAAACCAUUUGCAUGUCCAUUCGCUCGUUGUGGAAAAGUGUUCGCUCGAUCAGAAAACUUGAAAAUUCACAAACGAACGCAUACAGGAGAACGACCAUUUCGAUGUCAAUAUUGUGAAAGAAGUUUUGCUAAUAGUUCCGAUCGAAAAAAACAUCAACAUGUUCAUACAUCCGAUAAACCAUAUAAUUGCCGUGUCAGUGGAUGUGAUAAAACUUACACUCAUCCGUCAUCUUUACGCAAGCAUAUGAAAAUGCAUGAAUCUCAAGGUCAAGAUUCGACGUCCUCGACAGCAACGAAUUCAUCGUCUGGUUCGAUUAAUGAUUCGUGUUUGAAACGAAAUAAUCUUCAUCGGCGUGGUGGCGAGAACGAACGGUCGCCGUCACCAUCCUCACGAAUGCAUCCUCAUUCUCAGCGACGCCGUCGCUCGUCUCGAGACAGUAUAAAUACCCAUCUUCAUCAUCAACACCCGCCACCACAACAUCAUCAACAACAACAAUUACUCCAACCAAAUCAUUCAUCAAUGAAUACCACAACAACUACAGAUAGUUGUUCCGAUUCACCCCCAUCGUUUGAAAACUUAGCACCAAUGAAAGCCGCUUUAGCACGUAUGCAUCAUCCUCAACAAGCACCAGCUCAAUCUGCGACAUCAACAGAUUGGCCAUUGCAUAUGCACACAAUGAGUGCAUACCAUCAUCCACACGUUUAUCAUCCUCAUCAUGCUGCUGCUUUACAACAACAUUAUUAUCAUCGACAAACUGGACUUAAUUUUUGA